AUGUGGGGUCGGCGAGGAAAGCGUCAUGAUGAAUUUUGUGAAGUGAAAGGAUUCUGGGGGCUUGAGGGCCGCUUCCUGAGGUUUCCAUGUGACGUACUAGACAAGGCUGAAUGUGAUCAUUGCAAAUGCAUUCCAAAGGAAGUAUAUUAUCUUCGUUGCUUGAAGCAUCAACUCUGCCUGGGAUGCAAAUAUUAUUGCCAAGGUUAUUACUGCAACAAAUGUGAUGUUCACACAAGCCCUAAAGAACUUCUUGAUGUUCCGCGCUCUAUCAACUAUGAGGCAAAACACCUGCGGGUGCUUUGCCCUUUUUGCGAUGUGGAAAUGAGGCUGGAAUGGAUUGAGAGUCAUCUUUGGAUCAAGCACAUGGAUGACGUCAAUGCAUUCGAACCAAAGGCUUAUCAGACGAAGAAUGAGUUCUCGAAAUAUGACACCUUGAAUACUGGCAAUCUCUCGGACAUGGCUAUGGAUGUUGACGAAACUGGCGACAGCAAGACUGGUGACCAUGAUUUAGGACAGUUUUCUGAACAGGCAAGUCCGAAAAUCGAAAGGGAGUGUUUCAACUGUGGUUUGAACGUUCUCAACGAAAACCUAGAAAAUCACCUGGACAGGGAGUGCCAGAAGCGAGUAGAUUUUUGUGAUGCGUGCAACAGUUCAGUCACCUACUCUCAACUUGGCAAACACAAGUCUGAUGAGUGUCCGAAGAUCGAAAGGAAGUGUUUCGACUGCGGUGCCAACGUUCUCAAUGAAAACAUUCAAAAUCACGAAGAAGUGGAGUGCCAGAAGCGAGUAGUUCUUUGUGAAGCCUGCAAAAGUGCAAUGUCUUAUGAUGAACUUAGCGACCAUGACCAAGAAUGCCUCGAGAAAUCAGUGGUCUGCGACGACUGUGAGGGUGAGGUACUCCGGAAAGAUCAGUCCAAGCACGCCUCCGAGUGCCCAAUGCGUGCUGUGUGCUGCGAGAACUGUGAUGGACUUUACCUUUACUCUUUGGAAAAGAAGCACAGGGAGCAGUGUGAAAAAAAGAAACUUGCUUGCGAGUACUGCACGUUGGAACUGAAAGGCAACGAUGAAAAAAAAGCGCACCUUGAAACCUGCGAAGAGGCUUUGAUUGGAUGUGCUUUCAAAGAGUUUGGAUGCAACGAGAAAGCCCCAAGGAAAGAGAUGCAGGUACAUGAGAAGCACCCACACAAUGCACUUCUUAAUCAAGUGAUCCUUGGGCUGCAAGAAAGAAUCGAGAACCUGGAACGGCCCCUCACCGCCCUCGUUAAAAAACUUCGUAAUCCGGAUUCGGUGGGAACCAGUCAAUGAUCGCCGACCGCAAGAAACUACACUGUGCAGUGUUGUGCAAGGAAAAUUGUCGAUAUGAAGGGUAUUG